GACCCUUUGCGUUUCAUGGCUCUCCCUCAUGCCUUCACACUGCGAGACGCUUCUCUUCUCAGUGGUAUAGAGCCUCUUCCUCUGUCCUCUCCUCCAUCCCCUCACCGUUCCAUCACCAACCCCUCCUCACCUCCACCGGCCCUCUUUUCCCCUUCCGCCAUCCGACGCGCAGCUUCAUCUGAAGUCACCGCUCAGCUCUACGCCUCCCUGAGACGAAGCCAAGAGAUUGAUGAAGAGAACAUGGAACCCAACCGCCCCAAUUCAACAGAGCAGAAGUCGGUUGAAGGUUCUACCAUGGCCUCCAAGGUGGACGACCUCGCUGAUGAAAUGUACCGCAGGCUGCAGGAAGGUGUAGAGGCAUCUGGACGGAAGGAGGCCUCAUCCUACAUCUCCCAGAUGGAGUCUCUGAGGUGUCACCUGAAAAAUAUGCUGACUGGGGGUGGUGCAGUGGGCGUACAUGGUGACUUUUUUGAUAAGGGUCUGGAGCGACACAGCGAUGGUACAAGCACCCUGCUGAGUGCCCGGCCUUCGCAGGACCUUUCUCCUCCUUUAUCUCUCACCGGUCUGGAGGGUCUUUUCCCUCAUUACUCCACACUGUAUAAUGCAGCGCCCUCUCUCCCCGACCUGCAACUCAGAGACUCUCUGGAAAAGGAGACUGCACGACGCAAGCACCUGGAGCGACACAUCCAAAACCUGCAGAACGAGAUGCUGGAAUUACAACAAAGACUGUCCAUCUCCAUGACCGCCGACCGCAGAAAGGACGCCAUGAUCCAGCAGCUGGACCAGACUCUGGCCAUGGUUGUGGGAGGUUGGAAGCAGCAGGAGCUUCAGCGUGAGGAGGCCGUUCGUCGUCUGAAGCAGGAGAAGGAGGAGGCAGAGAGAGUCGGAUCCGAAGAUCAGAAGGCAUUAAGUCAGGUGCAGCAGGAGCUGUCUGAGGUCUUGGAGUCCCUGGAGAGAGAAAAGCACGCAGCAGACGAUCGCCAAUUAGAACUGCAGAAACAGGUCGAUGAUCAGGCUGCCAAAGUCGCCCAGUUGGAGGCUGAACGGGAGGCUGAGAAAGAGGCCCGAAUGGAGGAGCAGAGAGAGCUGGACUCCAUACAAUACAGAAUGCAGGAACAGCAGGAGACCUGGGAAGAGAGGGAGAAAGAGCUGCAGGAGGAGUGCAGGAGAGUGCAGGAGGAGGGAAGCACAGAGCUGGAGAAGGAGAAGGUUCUGACCCAGCAGGAGAGCCAGAAGUCUCAGCAGUUGCAGCUGGCUCUGUCCUCCCUGCAGAGUGACGUCCUGCGCUUGGAGAGAGAACUGCAGACAUCGCACAGAGAGACAGACACUCUGCUGAUGGAGCUCAACUUGGAGAAGGCACGUAAUGAGUCCGAGAAGGUGCGAUUAGAGAGCGAACACAAAAUGCGAUCGGAAGAGGAGAUGGCGGAGAGGCUGGCAGCUUUCCAUGAAGAGAGCGCUCAGCACUUGUGCAAUGUGAGAGAACAGCACAGGAAACAAUUGCUGGAUCUUGCUUCACAGCAUGAAACUGAACUGUCCAACCAGCUAUCACAGUUCAAGUCAGAAUUACAGGAGCGAGAGAGACGUAACCGUGAGAUCAUCUUGGACUACGAGCACAAGUUAUCUCACUCAGAAGAUCGCUGUCAGGGACUCUCUCGGUCUCUGCAUCGAUUGGAAACUGAGAGAGCAGAGAUGCUAUCACAGCUCCAGGAGGUCAUGAAGAGUCACUGGAGCCAGGCCUUGCAAGUUCUCUCCUCAAAGGCUCCCACUAUAGCCCCAUCAUCCUUUGUGCCCUUUCAACAGACAGAGCCCACUGAGCAAUGGUUCAGCAAACAGACCAGAGAGGGUGGCUAUGGUGAAGAGACUAGCAACAAAACAAGGCAAGGUGUGGUAGGAGCCAGUCACCUCAACAGCAGUAACGGCAGCCAACGCAAAGCAGGUGGUAGCCACUUGGAGCUCAACAAUAGCCAACAUCUAGAAGAUGGGAAUAAGACUAGCCAAACGUCUACCAGCAGUAGACCUCUUAAGGAGAGCGUUAGUUUAGACUUGAUUAACUUUAGCCAUCUCUUGAAUGAGAGAAGCCAAGGUCCUGUUGGUGGGAGGGACGAAAAGGAACCCAGUCUCCGAUAUAUGGGUGAUGGAUCCCAGUUUUGUAACAAAACCUCCAUCAACAAAUCUAGUGGCCAACCUCUUGUAGGAAUUAGCCAGCCUAAGAAGAACAUUGGGCAACUUACCAAAGCCCAGGAAACGGUUGCUAUAAGUAUGAGAAGUCUUCUCAACAGUGAUCAUUGUGAGUCAAGAAACCACGACAAACCCCAACACAUUGAUAAAGACUUCCAACACAUUGAUGAAGACCUGCUCAAGUCAAAUGUGGCUGUUGAACUCAGUAGAAGACAUUUAUUUGAUGAUUAUGUUAAAGAAUUAUCUAGCCAGCUCAUGAAGAGUGGAAACCUGGAUCUGAACCAACGACCGAUUACUGACCUAAAUAUCACCAGUAGUGCCCAGUUUAGGGAUAUCGGUGGCCAUAGCCAGUCGGCGACCUUUAAAGAUUGCAACAGCCAAAGCUGGCUUAAUCAAGCCAUGUUGGACCACCAUCUCCCCACCAUGGGUUACACAAGCUUUAAUGAAACUGAAAGAAGCCACCUCCGAGAUGUUGGUGGUCAUUCUUUUAUUAGUGGUCAUGGCCAACCUACUGUGCUAAAAGACAGUACUAGUAAACAAAAUUGUGCCAGUCAUGCCCGAGCCAAGGUUGUGGAUGAAGAAAACUAUUUGAAGGAGCUCAGAAACUUUAUCGCUCAUUCACAGACAACAUCGACCAUUCCCCAUUUAAGCCCCAUACAUAAAGACCACAUAAUUGGUUCAAAUCAGGAGAUAAGAAUUCAUCCUGAUCAUAGAGAACAGUCAUCCAGGAGUCUCCAGCCAAGUCACCGGAUGACAGAUCCAGAAGAAAGUUUCUUCCCUCUGCAAAUGGAGGAGUUGAGUCAAAGUUUUGGCAGUCAUCACGGAUUUUUCCCUCUGGAGCCCCUUCCGGACAGAACAAUGUCUGGAACUGUGUCCACAACUCUCCCCCACACUUCCCCGGAGCACCCCUUUCAAGAGGAACCAGCCUUAAAUGCUGCGGAGUUGCCCCCAAACCGGAGAGCGGGCGAGGACCGAGCCACUCCCAAUCCUGUCCUGCAAUAUUACAUCCGCAUGCUGUUAGACCGCACUCCGGGGGAUCCCCUUAAUGAGCUGGAGAAGGAGACCUCCCAUGUGAAUCCGGAUGUGACUGAGCUGCGCCAGUCUCUGAAAGGAAAUCCCCCAGCUCAAAGGUCAGAGGAGAAGGAACCCAAUGCCCCCAAAUCUCAAACAACCACCAGGAAGCCAGCAGAGAACAAAGCAGUUAGGAAGGAGAUAUUGUCGAAUUCACGUCGCCAGAAUACAACAAAAUCAUUGAAGAGGGUGUCUGCUCGCGGAGAACGUACCGGGAUCUGGAAAUAGGAAAUCUGCAGACCACUCGCACUAUAAAAUCUUCUUCAAACAAUCCACGUCUCUAUGAAAUUUAUAUCCCUGGGGAAUGCAAAUGAAUAGCAUGGGCAAAGGAGCAUCCAUUGUUUUCUAGAGAUCCCAUUCCUGCCUCCGCAUUAGAAAACUGCCCUGUAUGCUACAUUUUCAAACAUUGCCCAGUGGGAAUCUGUUGCGUGAUCCUUCAACAUCCGUGUCAAAGUGCACAACUGUGCAGGUCACCCCAACAUGCGCCACAGUGUGAAUGGGCCUUGAAAAGUGUGCGUAGUACAAUCUCUGUGAUCACAGACCUUGUGAUCAACAUCCUACUUUAUUCCUUGACCUCACAUCAGUUACCAGUUAGGGGAUGCAGUUACAUACUGACAUUGCCUCCUGAUGGCUCACUACUCCAGCAAAGUAUUUCCACCGCUUUGCACUUCUUUUCCAUCAGUCUGCUGCAUGUGUCUGGUAUUGAAGUGGAA